GUAUGUCUGAUUGACUUUGAUUGACAUGUGUCAGUAAAAAAACUUCCUURGCAACUGAAAGAACUGCAUGGCAAAAAGCCAAUACAUUUCAAAACAGGAAGAAUAAACAUUUUUAGAACUGUUAAAUGUUCGACUGUCCUACAAAAUACAUGUCGGAUUAUGCUUUCAAAAAUAAGCCAUACAAGCCAUUUGUGUAACGGCGUUGCUUUAUAUUUACACUAGUACUUUUACCUCCUUUUUUAAUUGAAAACUCCAAUCAUGUGAAAAAAAGAAAAAGAAAGGGAAUUGAAAAGGAAAAGGACAAAAUAAAAAUAAAAUAAAAUAAAGACAAAAAAGAUUGUUUUAUUAGUGUUGGUGUAAUAGAGAAUUCGAAUGGAAAAACAAAAAAGGAAAAAUAGUGGGUUCCUAUCAUCAUCGGAUGGAUUUUGAAACUGAGACACAAUGGUUGCCAAUAUCCGCUGCUGCGCUGCGACCAAUUCCUAUCGUUACAGAAUUUAAACCGUAACAACAUCAAUACAUCAAGUCAUGUUACUGGAGCCGACGUUAUGUCCUUGCUACCAAGAAAACUGAUAAUGAAAACUGCUCAUUCAACCAGGAAAUCAAAAAAAAUCUAGCAAACAAGGAAGUGAAACGAUGUAUUAAUCAUGUGCUAAUAGUUGUCAUAUUGAUGAAGAUUGGUUCAUGAUGAUGAUGAUAUCAAUGAACAGGAUGAUAAUGUUUUUUUGUUAUUACUCGAAAUUCAAUGUUUUUACAAUAGGAUGCGGUAAUGAGGAGGAUGCAGUGAUAUUCUCUUGAUAGACGACGACUCAAUUACCAUCAUGGUGUUUUAUAUGCAUCAAAUAUCUAAUCAAGAUUGAGAUUCAAACAAAAUAAAAGAAAGAACUUCCUGCUCGAAAUCUAAUAGUUUUAUUCAUAUUUUCAAAUCGUCGAAAUCCCUGAAUAUUGUGGCUAGCGCAGAGUCUAGUACGAAUGGUAAUUUUCUUUUUAUACUCGAUUGUUGUUAUCUUCGCCYCAGGUGUCAGGUAGUGAAGAUUAGCCAUUUAGUCCAUAUGAACGCUGGCCGGCCUAAUUGAGCCAUUGUCACAUCCCGGCAGCAAAAUCAUGAUGGCGGUGGGAUAUGGCCGCAAGCAGGAUAUUCAUCUAGGAUGGAUUUCAGUUUUAUUUGUAAAAGUACCGUAUCACAACGACCCGGUACUUAGCCAAGUUAGUUUGCGGGGGAGUGUUACAGCCUUAAAUUCCAUUAUUAUGAUUCAAGAAUAUUUUAUUGAGGGCGGGAAGAUAUUAGCUUACACACUCCUAAAACGCUGUUAUCUUAAACGUUACUGAUAAGUUCACUAUCAAGAUCAGUCCAUUUGGGAAAAAGAUCUUGCGUGACUUUUUCAACGUUGUGUGACAGCUCAUUUGAAAAACCGGAAACGAAGCUGCUACUUUCAAAAUUUCAGCUUUGAUUUAAUCAAAAGUAAAAAAUAAUUUCCUUCAGUUCUCUGUCAAGAAAAAAAGAAUUACUCGUAUAGAGAUUUUUUAAACAUUUCUUAAUAUAUCUGUUCUCCGGCUGUUUCCAAAAUUCGUAGAAGCCUCACUUUGGAUAUGUUCUCAUUUCCGGUAUCAUUUUUGUUGUCAUCGUUGGGACGCCGCAAAGUAAUACAUAAAUAAGAGAACUUGUCCACCUACAUGUUAUUACAAUGGUUGCAAGAUAACUCGUACAGAACGGGAUAUUCAUAAAUGGUAUAUAAUGAGACUUUUGCCUCAUGGGAAAAGAUAUGAAAUAUUCUUGAAGGUUUUGUUUGUUUGCAAGGUAAUUUCAUUCAUUCAUUUGCAUGACGUUCGAGGCUUUGUUGGAGCAUGGGGCUCGCAGAGAGCACCAGGGUUAGAGUUACUCUUUCCUAUAAAAUAUAUUUUACCUUCUACAUAGGGUCCUACAGACCCAUUUGCAGUGCAGUACCUUUCUUGGAAGUUUCAAUUCUUGGCUUUCGGUAAACGUGUUACCACGUGUUGAGGUUUCAAGCAAAAAUCUUUAGGAUUUCACAGGUACUGCCUUCUUAGCCAGAGGCCUAAUAGAAUGGAAAAUAGAGGCCCUGUGCAGCAGACAGAGAACGAAAGACGAUGCCAAAUCGAAGGAUGCAAUGAUGUUACUGUAGGAGCACGAACCUCGUUGUGCCGAAAACACCGAAACAAUAAAUACAAACAGAACUACAAGAAGAAAAAACGCAAAGCACAGGGGACAGAGGAAAAUCAAGGAGAAUCAUUGGAAAGCCAGCUUGCUGUUGAAAAGUAUCACCUUGAGCAGAAAUAUGCCAGCAUGCUUCAACAAGUGCUUGUACAGAAAAGACUGGAACUUCUGCAAUCCCCAAGUAUUUGCAACCUCCUAAGAAUUCAUCAGCAAAAUGUUCGGGAAAAUAAGCAAAAAGAACUCCUGGAAAGACGCAAAGCAGCCCAAAACGAGCGCAACUCAAAAAUGCAACAAGAAAAGCAGUCUAAGUCACUUUCGGCUCCUAAUUCCUCCACAUCUUGUUCUAGCACUACCUGUAACUCUGGUACAACCACCAAAUCACCCAAUGGAUCUUCCAAGUCUGCCAGCUCAAGUAAAACACUUGUGAAGUCCUCAAAACAAUCUUCGCGUCCACCGCAAGGAAGGACCUCGAGCAAAAACUCUAAAAACCGUAAUAAUAGUAACUCGAGUGUAGAAUCUACAGUUAAUGGAUUGAUGCCUCAUUCUAAGAUCACUUCAAAUGRCAGUGAAUCGGUUGGACACCCUAUGUAUGCAUCGUCAGGGAUUUGGGAUAUUACCRAAGAAAAGGCUGAAUUUUCUAACUUAAGGCAAGUUCAAAAUUUUCAACAGCAGCAGAUAACGCCACAACAAAUGCUACUUAACCCAACGCAACAAGCUUUGCACCCACAGAAACAAGAGCAACAGCAAAAUGCAUCACAUAACAUGCCAGUACAAUUGUUACAACACUAUCAACAGCAUAACAUGCCCAAAGAGCAAUUCCAGUACUUACAGCAUCAAAAACUACUAGAGCAAGUACACCAAAAGCAAUUACAUGAGAAAAAACAACAACAGCUCCAGCAACAACACCUUCAGCAACAGCAACGACUGCAAGAGCAACAACUUGUGCAGCAGCAGCAGCAGCAGCAGCAACAACAGCUUUCGCAACAACGGCGGUUACAACAACAACGACAACAGGAACUGCAUAUUCAGCUCCAAAGCAGCCGCCAACAACAACUGCAGCAGCAGCAGCAGCAGCAACGACAACAUUUACAAGGYAGUGGCCACCAAAAUCAGCAACAUGUGCAGUUUCAUCAACAGCAAGAACAACCGCAGCAGCAACAACAUCAGUCUUGCACUUCUUCUGUAUCCUCAUCUGUAAAGAAUAUCUCAGGCACUGAAUUAUCAUUACAAUCUUUACCUUCUAUACAGUCAAGUAUGUCAAGUCUUCUUGUUUCGCAGUCCCAUAUAAACACUAGCAGGCAUGAUUGCAUCAGUACAUCUGGUAUUUUGACAACCAGACAUUCGGUUUKGCCGCGGACUGUACUAACUAACACUCAAGGAAACACUCAAAGUUGUAUCCCAAUAAAUCACAUGGUUUCUAAUACUUCUUCUUCGACGUCUCACCGCCCCAUUGCCCCACGCCUUGAAGGACAUCCCAGUAUUAAUAAUGCGCUUUGUAACGGUGGAAUGCCUAUUAUAACUGCUAUUAUAUCGGCACCACUUACUCAACAAAUUGUGCCGCAAAGCGCACCCAAUGUCGAACGAAAUUCAUUGCAUGUGGUAACAGAAGCUAAUGCACUUAAUCCAAUGAACAGUUCUGGGAAUGCAUUAAGUAAUCAUUAUCCUUUGAUGCCAUUUAACAUACCAAUGGACAUGAACUUGUUACAAGGUUUUGGAGCACAGUUUUCUGAGCAAAAUGUACAAUGUGCUACGACUCAGGUGAGAGGGCGUCAAAUGUUAUUAGAUUGACGAGUCGACGUAGGACGCCUCGUGGUCGGAUCAGUGAACCAAGGAUCCSAAAUAUAACUUUCAAGUGUGAAUAUCAGAACUGUACACAUUUUUAUUUUUAUUCUAAGUUAUUGGAUUUUAGUUAUAGUAUAAUGCAAUGUUGGAAGAAGCUCUUUGUAGGAGAGCAAGAAGUGAAUUAUCCAAGUAAAAAAGAAAGACAAA